UAGAACUCACCACAACCACCUAUCACUUCUCUUUCCCCACUUUUCUCUUCUCACCGAAUCUAGAAACCAUCGAAGUAAAAAAAAAAAAAAAAAACACUUUUCACUCAGUAUUUAUCGCCGAAUCUAAAAACCAGUUUGGUCGGCGUAAGAUGAUGUUUUAUUUUCCACACUCUCCGGAAAACAUUGACUAUGAUCGGUCUCUCUGCUAUUUAAAAAGCUUGUUAUGACUUGGGAUUUUGUUCACAAGAAAAAUGGAAGUCAUUUUUUCAAAUGAAGAUUUAGCAAAGGAAAUUUUAAGUCGCUUGUCAGCUAAGAACCUUUUAAGGUGCAAGUGUGUCUCCAAGAGAUGGACGAGCCUUAUAUCUGAUCCAUCCUUUGUGCGUAUUCACCAUCAGAGGUCAAGAUGCAUUUCGGGACUCCUUGUUCAAGAGUUUGAGGAGUAUGGGGGGAAUUUUUGUGGAGAUGAUUAUUUCCUUUACGCUAGGGUUAAUGGUGAAUUGGGCAUAUUUAAAUUGAUGGAUGAAAGUUUCCCUCAACGGACUUCUGUCAUUAUGGCUUCAUGUGAUGGACUCAUCUGUUAUAGAAGUCGUCGAACUAGGGAUGUAGAGGUGCUGGACAUAGUUGUUUGGAACCCAAUGACCCAGGAACGGUUAACCUUGAGACCCACUGACUGUCACGUUGGUAGCAUCUUUGGAUUGGCUUUCUACCCAUUUGGUUCUUCAGCAAAGAUGAUCCCUUGCUUUAAAGUGGUCAGCAUUCAGCAUCUAAAACAUGACCAAAAUUCCUAUUCCUUUGUGAUCUACUCAUCAGAGACAGGGAAAUGGAAAACUUCCUUUGAAGUGUGCUAUUGCAAGGAUGAGCUUUAUGAGAACAAACAUAUUUAUGUUAAUGGAAGGUUUUACUGGUUGACAAGCAAUCAGAACAUUAUCACUUUUGAGGUGGAUAAGGAGUUAUCUGGAGUCAUUACAGUACCAGGUCCUAAGUGGUUGGAUAGAGAUGUAAGACUGGCUUGCCUUGGGGAUUCAGAUGGGUAUCUUCAUUAUGUGUGUGUAGAUAUGUCUGAACUUCAGGUCUGGAUGUUAACAGAUCCUUGCAAGUCCAUUUGGGUUCUUAAGCACCAUAUAAAUAUAGAUCAAUUUGGUGAAGAAUCAAGGGAUCGGUAUCUCCAUCGUGUACGAAACUCUCCUGAAAUGAUUGGCAAUUAUUUUGUAGUGGACGCUCAAACUUUCCAUGAUGAAGUUGUGUAUUUGUCUAUACGAGGUAGGUUAUGUUCAUAUGACUUCAAAACUGGAAGGCUGAGAACCUUCUUUUAUGGUUCUUACCUGAGGCAUCAAACUAAAGUUCAGGCGACUGUGCUCCCAUAUUCACCGACCUUGGUAACAAUUGGCAUUCCCUGGUUGAAACAGAAUUCUGGUAGUUCUUCUAUUUCUUUUGAUUCAACAUCUUUUAAUUAUGAAGGAAGACCUAGAAAAAAAUUUAAAACAAGGAAGACCUAGAGAAAAAUUGAAAGAACCCUUAAGGUCACCACAUUGCUGCUCAUUGAAAUGGAAGUAAUCAGUGCAUUUAUGUAAAUUAGUAAGCAUGGACCAGUCAAUUUCAUUGGCGUAAGUUUUUCUUUGACAUGGCCACAUGGAGGAUGCUGUUUGCCUGUGACACUAAUUUCUACUUAUUUAUUUAUUUCUUCUUGUAUUGGUUGCUAAGAUUAUAUGGGAUUUGUUGAACUUUUGGUUUCCAAGUAAUUAUGAUUCUUAAUUUUUAACCAAUCGAUAGAGCAUGAGCAUAUAUUGCUUUGCCUGUUUG